AUGGCAGAUAUAGUUGUUUUGUGCCGAUCGUCAGAUGGGCUGCCCCUGGUUGAGAUUUGGAAUGAUCGUAAUUUUGAUACCUCAGUUAAUAAUCAAAACACCAAGAAAGUUGAUUUUCAGACAAUAAAAAUGAACUCUCGCAUGAUCUGUAGAAGAGUAGGUUCAACGGAUUCGAAAUGUUCAGUAAUAGAAGGGGACAUGUCAUACCAUUACAUAGUAGAAGACGGAAUUUGUUACAUGUGCAUAGCUCCAUCAAACCACCCUAAGAAAAUACUAUUUCUCUUUCUCGCACAGAUUUGUAAGGCGUUUACUGAGGAAGUUUUAAACCAAUUUGGAAAUCAACACACCAGUGUCACAUCAGCAGUAGCAUCAGUCAAAAAGCCAUACCAUUUUAUAGGAUUCGAUAGAGUGAUAUAUAAAAUAAAGAAUGAAUUAAAUAGUCCAAAUUCACUAAAGUCACUCAAUAUGAUCAACGAUAGCCUAAACGAAGUAACUAAUAUUAUGAAGAAGAAUAUUGACGAAAUAUUGUCGAGAGGAGAAAACCUGGAAGAUAUCGGAAGAAUGGCUGACGGACUCAAGCAACAAACACUAAAAUUUAGACUUUCAUCGAAAAAAUUAAACCGUAAUUAUUUAAUAAGGAAAUUCUCAAUGAUGGCAAUAGGAAUCUUGAUUAUUGUAUUAUUUUUAUAUUUUGUACUUUUCAAGUCCAAUAAAAAAAUCGAAUAA